UGCUCGACAUUAGCGCUAUACAACGCCUUUGAACUCCUCGGCCUCAUCUUCACCACGUUUAAGAAACGCAAAGGGCUCUACUUUUGGAGUAUUUGCCUCGCAUCCUUUGGUGCCAUUCCCUACUGCGUAGGGUGGAUGAUCACCUACUUCGACUGGACCUACGAUUGGAUCGGCAUGAUAAUCGACUCCAUUGGUUGGAUUCUACUAGUCUCUGGUCAAUCCGUCGUCCUAUAUUCGCGACUACACCUGGUCAUAAACAGCCCAAGAAUCCUUCGGGGUGUCCUUGGCAUGAUUGUUGUCAAUGGUGUUGUUUGGCAUAUCUCGAUGACCGUUCUCUUAUUCGGAUCCAGUUACAGUCCAGCCCAAACAAAGGGGGGAUUCAAUCACGUCUUCAAUAUCCUCGAGAAAGUUCAAAUGACCUGUUUCUGCAUCCAGGAAUUUAUACUCUCCGGCCUAUACAUAUGGAAGACAGUGGAUAUCCUCAAGACAGCUUUUGGCAGCAAACGUCGCUUCAUGUGGCACCUUUGUGCCAUCAAUGUCUUGAUUGUAAUAAUGGACACAGGGCUCCUUGCGAUUGAGUACAAGAAUUACUUUGUCUGGGAGCAAGGAAUCAAAGUGGUCACCUACACCAUCAAGCUCAAGCUGGAAUUCGCAGUUUUGGGCGAGCUCAUUGACUUUGUACAGCAUCGCGGAACCAACAAUUCUGGAUCUGCCACAAACCCUAAUACCGGGGGGUUUGUGGAGCUCUCUAGCAGCCGGACGCGAACAGCCAACAAAAAGUCGCGCGCUUCAACGAUGCCUGCAGCUAUCCACUUGGAAGACGUGAAACCCAGCACUGUCAUCUCAACAGAGACAUCGGCACCCAGAGAUCAAGACCAUAACGAAAUCAGGGUCACAACGAAGAUAGAUGUGGAAAGUUGUGCUAUGGAUGCUAGUGACAAUUCUAGUACGGACCAGCUUUACGAGAGUGUUAUUCAACAUGUGUCUAGGUCGACGUAG